AUGUUGACGUGCGUAUACGCACGACCUGGCCACGUGUCUCGCCAGCCGCAGAAACCCUUGAGUUCCUCAAAGAGAUCGACCCCAAAGAUGCAAAGCCCUUACUGCAGGAGACCUUGUCCUGUGCAUCUUCGUCGUCUGGUGCUAAAAAGGGUCCGCCCUCCAAGUCCAAGGAAAAAAACCCUUUCGCCUUGUCCACCUGGCUCGCUGACGAGUACGUGGUACGCUUUGCCGAGCUUGCUAUUGCAAACCACUACUACUCUCCGAGAAUCGAGAUGCACCGGUCGAUUGAAAGAACACAUCGUGCGGAGUAUCUCCUGA